GCGCUACUUGAACUGGGAGAAGCUGCAUCUUUUCAUGAUUCUCUGUAAAGGGGUCCAACGAUAGCUGCUUUGUCUGCAGGUUGGUACAGCUUCCAGACCGCUUAAAAUGACUACUUAGCUAGUUUCCUUCCUUUCUUUAGUAACACUCCUGCAGCGUAUCCGCUCUCUGUUGUCUGUUUUGUUUUUAGCGCCUCGGUUCGAAGUGUUGCUAUCUCAACAGUUUAGUUUUGAUUAGAAACGACUGUUCCUUACAGCAACCGCUCACACGCGAUCUCAAAAGAUCUUCCGUGAUUUACUGAGCAUAUAUCUAAAAAGAGGCCAAAAGUAGGUUAUUUUUUUGUUUGAGAGGGAAACAUGUCAGGAGCUAACAGGCAAGGAAGCGCGGCGAGCGAGAAUCACAACCAGGAGAACAUGCUAACGAGGUUGAGAGGCUCCCUCAAACCCCGGGCUGCGGCCAACGACAACCAGGAAAAUCUUGCUCCAAAGCAAGUCGGCAACAGAACCGUCCUGGGAGCCCUGCAGAACAACCAGAGGAGCAAAGCCCAGAACCAGCGCGGCAUAAAGCAGGAGUCAUCGCAAUCUUUGUCUUCCAAAAAUGAAGAUGCCAAGAGCUGCUUUGAGAGGCCACCUUCCAAGCAACCUGCUUUCCAGAUCCACGUGGAUGAGCCCGACUCAUCUUCCUCUAAUAAGGAGAAUGAAGCCAGCAAACAAAAGCCUACUAUGGAAGAGUCUCCUCUGGCAAUCACCCAUGCCUUGGGACAGCUCCGCCAGCCUCUGGCUACGAUUGACGUCCCAUCGUCGAUGGAUACUAGCUUUGAUUCUCCUAUGGACAUGUCUGUGGUUGAAGCGGAAGAAAAGCCAGUCAAUGUAAACGAGGUUCCAGAAUAUGCUGCUGAAAUCCACACCUACCUCAGAGAAAUGGAGGUGAAAACCAGACCCAAGGCAGGCUACAUGAAGAAGCAGCCAGACAUAACCAACAGCAUGAGGGCCAUCCUGGUGGACUGGCUAGUUGAGGUUGGAGAAGAGUACAAGCUCCAAAAUGAGACCCUUUAUCUGGCUGUCAACUACAUCGAUCGCUUUCUCUCAUCGAUGUCUGUCCUGAGGGGCAAACUUCAGCUUGUUGGAACUGCAGCCAUGCUGCUGGCUUCAAAAUUUGAAGAAAUCUACCCUCCAGAGGUGGCAGAGUUUGUCUACAUCACAGAUGACACUUAUACAAAGAAGCAAGUUCUGAGGAUGGAACAUCUGGUGCUUAAAGUGCUCUCCUUCGAUCUGGCUGCCCCCACAAUAAACCAGUUUCUCACCCAUUACUUCUGCCAUCAGGCGGCUGGUAAACAGGUGGAAAGCCUGGCCAUGUACCUCGGUGAGCUCAGCCUAGUCGACUCAGAUCCCUUCUUGAAGUACCUGCCAUCACAGCUUGCUGCUGCUGCUUACACUCUGGCCAACAACACAGUAAAUGGAAGCUCGUGGCCAAAGUCCCUGGUAGAGAUGACUGGUUACACCUUGGAGGAUCUCAUGCCAUGCAUUGAGGAUCUUCACCGAACAUAUGUUGGCGCUGCACAGCACGCCCAGCAGUCCAUCCGGGAGAAGUACAAGAGUUCAAAGUACCUUGAAGUCUCCUGCAUCAGUGCACCAACCAGACUGACACUGAACUGACUCCUUUCUCCACCGUAGUGAUGGAAUCCUCCUGUUUUUUGUUUUUGUAAAUGAUGUGCAACAUUUUCUAUUAAGCCCUGCUCUUUUUGGAGUAGUGCCAGAUAUUUUAGAGGUUUUAAUAUUUUUGUACUCUGAAUCCCGAUGUUCAUGCUAGACAUGUCAGGUUUUUGGCUAAUCAAGAAGUUUAAAUGGGUUUAUUUUCAAUAGGACAAAAUGGUGAGUUUCUAAGACUAAAUGCCAUUUUGGGCCUACAGUGUUGAUUUUAAGGACCCAUCACUGUACCAGAACCCAGACUGGCUGUUCUAAUUUUCUGGGUUGUUGGUUCUUACCUUUUACUGAUGUAAACCAUUUGACCUCAUGGGAUACAGAUUAAAGCAUUUGUCUCUUAAUGGGUCAUCUCUCAUUACAAUGGUGCCUUAAGGUUCUGCAUUUUGAGGCAUCCUCUGCACUGUAAAAUAUGGCUCUUGUAAAUAAAAUCCAUUUAAACUAUGA